AUGGAUCCGAAUUUCAUUGCUCAAUUGCAGCAGCAGCUUUCUGCCAUUGUUAAUCCUGAUGCUUCUUCUUUGAAGGAGACCACAAAGGUUUUGCAGUCUCAGUUUUACACACAACCAACUGCUUUACCUGCAUUGAUUCACAUUUUGCAAAAUGGUUCUGAUGAUGCAUUGAGACAGCUAGCUGGUGUCGAGGCAAGGAAAAUGGUGCCGAAGCAUUGGGAAAAACUGGAUGCUUCUCUAAAAAUCGAGAUCAAGAAUUCUUUGUUACAUUCGUCUUUUGCUGAAUCCAAAGAUAUCGUUUGCCACUCUAGCUCGCGCGUUACUGCGGCCAUUGGGGCCGAAGACUUGAAUAAUAAUGAAUGGCCAGAGUUAAUUCCAACUUUGAUUCGCGCAGCUUCAGAUGAAAACCCAAGGAACAGGCAGACAUCCAUCUUUGUUUUGUUGUCUUUGCUAGAAUCAUACAAACCAGCGUUAUGUAAUCACAUUGGUGAAUUCUUGGACUUAUUUUCCCAUACAAUCAAAGAUAAUGCAUCUUUGGAGGUUAGAUCAUUAUCUGUUCAAGCAUUGAACCAUGUUUCAACUUUGAUUGAAAGACAGGAUGAGAUCGAUCCAAACUAUGCUUCCCAAUUUGCCUCCUUAAUUCCUUCUGUGGUCGAUGUUUUGGAGGCCGUGAUAAAGGCAGACGACAUUGUGAACACUAAGUUGAUUUUUAACUGUUUGAACGAUUUCCUAUUAUUGGACUCUCAGCUAACUGGUAAGGCAAUUGCUGACUUAGUAAAACUAUCCCUCCAGAUUUCACUCAACAAAGAGGUAGAUGAGGACACAAGAGUGUUUGCUGUACAGUUUGCGAUCUCGGCGGUUUCCUACAGGAAAUCGAAGAUUCACCAGGCAAAAUUAGCUCCGGAAAUAACUAUUACGGCUUUAAAGGUUGCUUCUGAUGAAAUUGAUAUCGAUGAUGAGCUAAAUAACGAGGAUGAAGCUGCCGAAAACGAAGAGAAUACCCCAUGUCUGACUGCAAUGAGGUUAAUUGCCUUUGCAGCAACUGAAUUUCCUCCAUCUCAAGUCGCUGCACCAAUAAUGGAGCAUUUGCCAACUAUGAUAUCUUCCUCUAAUCCAUUUGAAAGGCGCGCUAUCCUGUUGGCAAUUUCCGUUGCAGUGACUGGUUCUCCAGACUAUAUAUUGUCUCAAUUGGAUAAGAUAAUCCCAGCAACUAUAACUGGAAUGAAGGACCCAGAACCAAUUGUCCAAUUAGCUGCCUUGAAAGCCGUAUCUCAAUUAACAACUGAGCUUCAAGACGAAGUCGCUAAGUUCCACGAAGAAUAUCUACCCUUGAUAAUCGAAAUCAUCGACAAUUCUAAGCACAUCGUAAUCUACAGGUACGCUACUACUGCAUUGGAUGGAUUGCUAGAAUUCAUUGCGUAUGAUGCUAUCGCUAAAUACUUAGAACCAUUGAUGAAUAAGUUGUUCCAAAUGUUGGAAUCUCAAAAUUCUUCUAAAUUGAGAGCUGCUAUUGUAUCUGCUAUUGGCUCUGCAGCAUUUGCUGCAGGCUCCAACUUUAUUCCAUACUUUAAGACAUCUGUUCAAUUUUUGGAACAGUUUAUCCAAAACUGUUCUCAAAUUGAAGGUAUGUCGGAAGAUGACAUUGAAUUGCGGGCCCUAACCUUUGAAAAUAUUUCCACAAUGGGUAGAGCUGUUAGAUCUACAACUUUUGCGGAGGUUGCAGAGCCUUUAGUUAACUCCGCUUAUGAAGCAAUCAAAACUGAUUCUGCAAGAUUGAGAGAAUCUGGUUAUGCAUUUAUCGCUAACAUGGCUAAGGUUUACGGAAAAGAUUUUGCUCCAUUUUUGGAUACCAUAAUGCCAGAAAUCUUCAAAACUCUACAACAAGAGGAAUACCAAUUCAAGUUUGAUGGUGAUGCUGAUGACCUAGCUGCAUUCACUGAUGACGCUGAUGAAGAAGAUUUGCAAAACAAGUUUACUGUUAAUACUGGUAUUUCAUAUGAAAAGGAAGUUGCAGCAGCAGCUUUAUCCGAGUUGGCGGUGGCUUGUAAAGAGCAGUUCUUGAAGUUUGUGGAACCUUCUUUGAAGGUUUUGAAGGAACAGGUCGAUGAAUCGUAUGGUUUAAGGGAAACGGCCAUGCAGACAAUCUGGAAUAUUGUUAAAGCUGUAUUAUUAACCACCAACAUCACAGAGGAAACCUACCCAAAAGGUAUUCCGUCAGGAUCGUACGUUGAUAGCAGUAUCUUGUCUGUCAUUCAAACUGCUAGAGAAAUAUCUUUAGAUGGUUUGAGUGAAGAAUUUGAAACCUCGAUGAUUAUUACUGUAUUUGAAACUAUGGCAGAUAUGAUCAAGAGCUUUGGUCCAAUUGUGGUUAUGGACAAUGGAAAUUUUGCCCAUUUAGAGCAGUUAUGCUUGCAAGUCCUAAGUGUUUUGAAUGGUGAACAUACCUGUCAAACCAUAGACUAUGAAGAAGACAUUCCGAAGGACGAAGACAUGGACGCCUCAGAAACAGAAGCAACUUUGUUAGACGUCGCAUUGGAAGUAUUGGUAUCUUUGUCAUAUGCUCUAGCUCAGGAUUACACUAAGGUUUUUGAGAACUUUAAGUCAAUACUAUUGUCCUUAUUUGAUCUAAAAUCUAAGAACAAGAGAUCUGCAGCUGUUGGUGCGGCUUCUGAAAUUGCUCUAGGUUUGAAAGAACAUAAUCCAUAUGUCCAAGAAUUUUUGGAAGCCAUGAUUAUUAAGUUGACAACUGACAAAUCCUUGGAAGUUAGAGGUAAUGCCGCUUAUGGUGUGGGCAUAUUGAUUCAAUAUGCCCAGUUUGAUGUUUCUGCUGUUUACGAACCUGUUUUAAAGGCCAUGUAUGAAUUACUAAACACUGCUGAUCAAAAGAUACUUGCUUCUCAAGAUGAUGAGGCUACAAAGGAGAUUAUUGACAGAGCCUUUGCAAAUUCCACCGGUUGUGUUGCUAGGAUGACUUUGAAAAACCAAAACUUAGUCCCAUUAGAGCACACUUUGCCAGCUCUUCUAAGUCAUCUUCCAUUGAAAACAGGUUAUGAAGAAUACGAUCCAAUAUUUGAAUUGAUCAUCAAGCUAUACCAGUCCAAUAACAGCUUGAUCAUCAACAAGACUCCAAGGAUUAUAGAAUUCUUUGCCACUGUCUUUACCAAAGAAAACGAAAGGAUUCAGUUAGAAAAAGAAUCUACGCUGGGUAGAGAAGAAAAUAUGGAUAAGUUGAAGCAAUUCCAAACUGAAGAAAUAAAAUUAAAAGUUGUCGAAUUGCUAAAGUUCUUGAAUCAGACAUAUAAUGGAGUAGUCGCUCAGAACUCCAUUUUAGCGGCGGUCAUCGCAUGA